GAGUCUUGUUUUGUCGUUGCUUUGACCCGACCGCUCCAGCGCCAUGGCCAGGCUACACCUGACGGUGAUGGUUUACGGACCCGGUGCUGCCGACACCGCCGGCGGAGACUGACCUGGAAUCGAAAAUGAACUGGGGGUCCUUUUACGCCGUAAUCAGCGGCGUAAACAGGCAUUCCACCGGCAUUGGCCGCAUCUGGUUGUCUGUCAUCUUCAUCUUCAGAAUCAUGGUCCUCGUGGUGGCGGCCGAGUCGGUCUGGGGUGACGAGAAGUCUGGCUUCACCUGCAACACCCAGCAGCCCGGCUGCAACUCUGUCUGCUAUGACCAGUUCUUUCCCAUCUCACACAUCCGCCUGUGGGCCUUGCAACUCAUCCUGGUGUCCACGCCUGCUCUCCUAGUGGCCAUGCAUGUAGCCCAUCGCAGACACAUCAACAAGAAGAUCCUGAAGAAGUCCGGGCGCGUUUCCCCUAAGGAGCUGGAACAAAUCAAGAAUCAGAAGUUUGCGAUCYCAGGCGCCCUCUGGUGGACCUACAUGAUCAGUGUGCUGUUUAGGAUCGUUCUGGAAGUCGGCUUCCUUUAUAUAUUCUACCUGAUCUACCCUGACUUCAAGAUGUUCCGUCUGGUCAAGUGUGACUCGUACCCCUGUCCCAACACUGUGGACUGCUUCGUGUCGCGACCCACGGAGAAAACCAUCUUCACCGUGUUCAUGCUCUCCGUGUCGGGGGUGUGUGUUCUCCUCAACCUGGCGAGUGCCUACCUGAUUGGUCGAGCCUGUCUGAGGUGUAUCCAUGGAACCAGGAAGAGACUAAGGUAGCAGGGAUCGGUCAGAAACUGUUCUCCUACAAACAGAAUGAAAUCAACCAGAUGAUCGCUGACCAGUCGAAGUUCAAGUUCACC